AUGAAGACGCCAGAGGAGAUACAAGCGGAGGAGGUGGCUCGUCUACUAGACCCGCGGCGGCUGACGCUGCUGAUAGCAGGCAUGGCGACUCUGGUGGCCAGCAACCUGUGUGUGAACCUCAUAGGGCGCCACACGCGCGAGUGGACCAAGCCGCGAGAGCAGCGCGCCAUCAUGGUGCUGGUCGGACUCGCGCCUGUCGUUGCCCUCGACUCCUACUUUGGACUGGCGGAGAUGCCGGGGUAUGAGUGGCAGGUGGCGCUGCUACAUCUCCUCAAGGACUGCUAUGUUGCAUAUGGAAUGUCGGAGUUCCUAGCUCUGCUCUCAGCUUUGCUCAAAGUGCCUCUCCGGCCCUCCGCCCCUCUCCCUCACACGUCCUCUCACCGCCGCAUGUUGCAGCACUCCUUCCCCUUCUCUCUUUUCCUGCGGCCCGAAGUGAGGGCAAAUCGAGCAACCCUCAACCUCCUUGUCCAGUGGAUCCGCCAGUUCAUACUGCUCCUCCCCACCCUCUCCCUCCUCUCCUUCCUCCUCCACCUCCAAACCUCCCUCUUCCGCGAAUACCUCCCACUCCCUUCCCAAAUCCACUCAUCCCUCUCAUGGCUCAUCACUCUCUCCCACCACGGGUCACUCUAUCUCGCCGCGUACGCCCUCCUCCUCCUUUACCACACCUUCGAGCAUCCGUUUCUACCGUUUAGUGCCCUGAGCAAGUUCCUAUGCCUGGUGCCGCUGGUUUUCCUGCCCUACUGGCAAAAUGUGCUGGUGGAUGUGCUGGUGGGGUAUGGGAGGAUUCAGGCGAGCCAGCUACCGUAUACGCCGAAGAAUUUGCAGCGGGCAGUCGGUCACUUCCUGGUUUGUUGUGAAAUGCUUCCGGCUGCCGUCGCCCUGUGUUAUGCGUUUCCGGAAUCGGAGUAUAGCGCGGAGAGCAGGCAGAGAGAGGAUGGAGAGGAUGAGGUGGGAGAAGAUCGAGAUUGA